AUCAAUAUCUCAGCUUCCAUCGUUUCUCCCGACACUCUCGUCUGCUGUUAAAACUCGACUACGAAUACUUUGUCUUCAUGGUUAUCGUCAGAAUGAUGUGUUGUUUCGUGAGAAGUCUGGCAGUCUUAGGAAACAGCUGAAGAAGUACGCGAAUUUCGAGUUCGUUAGCGCUCCGCUGUCGCCGAACGUCGUAUCCGAGGAGCGGGAGGAUGUUCGUAGCUGGUGGUUUUCGCGUGAGGACGACCAGUUCAGUUCUCGGGACGUUUGCAACAUAGCCAAGGGAUUCGAGAAGUCUGUAAGUAUGGCUGUUGUAGAAUAUUUUAAUGGUCCGUUUGAUGGAAUUCUUGGCUUCAGUCAAGGCGCAUCAAUGGCUCACCUGCUCCUAGUGAUGGAGAAACGUGGUGAAAUCUCUUUAGGUUUCCGUUUUGCGAUUCUGAUUUCUGGAUUCUUAAGUCUUUCUGCAGUUCAUAGUUCAUAUAUUUCUCUUACUUGUGACGUUCCGACUCUACACAUUUAUGGCACGGGUGAUCAGAUUGUGUUCUCCACGACAAGUGAGAAGUUCAGAUCGAUGUUCAGUGACAGUAUGACAAUUGUACAUGAAGGCGGGCAUUAUAUUCCAUCGACGGCAAAGUAUAAACACAUAUUUAGUGCGUUCUUAAAAAGAUUUGUGGAUCCAAGCUAA